GAGGCCGCGGCCUGCCCGGGGCUCGGGGGGUGGGGGGAGCGGGGCGGGGAGAUGGAUAAACUGACCAUCAUCUCAGGAUGUCUCUUUCUGGCCGCCGAUAUCUUCGCCAUCGCCAGCAUCGCCAACCCGGACUGGAUCAACACCGGGGAGUCCGCGGGAGCACUCACUGUGGGCCUUGUGCGACAAUGUCAAACAAUCCAUGGACGAGACCGGACAUGCAUCCCUCCCCGGCUUCCCCCGGAGUGGGUCACCACACUGUUUUUUAUCAUCAUGGGAAUCAUUUCAUUGACUGUCACAUGUGGUUUGCUGGUGGCUUCCCACUGGCGAAGAGAAGCUACAAAAUAUGCUCGAUGGAUAGCAUUCACUGGAAUGAUCCUUUUCUGUAUGGCUGCCCUAAUAUUUCCAAUAGGAUUUUACAUCAAUGAAGUCGGAGGUCAACCUUAUAAAUUACCCAACAACACAGUAGUUGGGUCAUCUUAUGUACUUUUUGUCUUAUCCAUUUUCUUUACAAUAGUAGGACUUCUAUUUGCUGGCAAAGUUUGUUUACCAGGCUGAUGAAUGUUUAAAUUGCUUGACUCUCUUAUUAUUUUUUAUUUUAUUUUAUUUUUUUAGUUUUGGAGGGUGGGGAGGACAAAGACAAGGCAUCUGAGCAGUCCUCUCAUAGGAAGAUGCUUAGAUGAAACUGAUGCUGAAAAGGAAAAAAAAAUGCUUUGAUUUGUUCUCACUAUGCACUUUGGAUUUAAAAAAAAAAAAAAAAAAAGGAGAGCCUUUUCCGUAACCAAAUACAGACAAUAUUGACUAAAUCUCCUGAGCAUAUUCAGGCAGUCAGGUCUGCACUGUGAUAGCAACCUAGUGAAGGAGAAUGCUUUAUACUGAAAAGCAUGUGGCCCUUUGUGACUCUGUUGUUCCAUUUUUAACGUCUCUCUAAUGAUUCAUUUGAGGGAAAAAAAAGUCUAAGUGUUUGUGAAUCAUGGUGGACCAGAGGGAUGCAAGAGAAGUUAAUGUGGGGCUGGCCUCACCUCCUAAGAAAUUAGUGUUCACAACUUCCUUGUAAUGGUGUGAGCUUUCGGCACCAGAAUGGAUUGCCGUUGUAUCACUACACCAAGAAGCCAAUAGAUCAAAACUUGUUUGCUAAAACGUAUGUAAAAAUUCUGAAAUUCCUUAUUCUCUGUGU